AUGGCAUCCAUACCACCACAGUCACCACACUACCAGGUCACGUCGUCCAGUCCCCGCUCAACCACUUCGUCAAGCAAAUCGUCCAUCCCUCGUACCUUUUCGACUGGGCCAGGUCCUGGUCGAGCCUGCCGCACCCCGGCCACUCCAUCGUACAGCACGGGCACCACAACAGGCAGCGGCCGUCGCUCUCGUGCCACAUCUUCUAUCGGUGCGAGUGAAGGGCACCAGAUCAUCUGCGCCGUGAGCGAGGCGCGUGGUGUCGCCCCAUCCGUUGGCAUAGCCUUUGCCAAUGUCUCGACUGGCGAGGCCGUUCUGAGCCAGAUCUGCGACAAUCAGUCCUACGUCAAGACCACCCACAAAUUGACCGUCUUCGAGCCCAGCCGCAUCCUCAUCGUGUCCACUGCCUGUCCUCCCAACCCCAAGAGCAGCUUGUGCGCCACCAUCGAGGAAGAGCUGCCAGGCGUGCCAAUCAUUGCCUUGGACAGGAAGUAUUGGUCCGAGACGACUGGCUUGGAGUACAUCCAGGCACUUGCAUUCAAGGAAGAUGUUGAGGCCAUCAAAGUUGCCAUUGAGGGCAACUUCUACGCCACCUGUUCGUUCUCUGCGGCCAUGAAAUAUCUCGAACUCGAAUUUUCCCUCCGAGUCUCGAGCCACUCCCUGCGUAUCAGAUACCAGCCAUCUGAAGGAUCCAUGAUGAUCAGUCUUCCCACCAUCCAUUCUUUGGAGCUCAUCCAGAAUCUCCACAAUCCUUCCUCCAAACUCUGUCUUUUCGGCCUGCUCAACGAGACUAGGACGCCCAUGGGGAAAAGAAUGCUCAGGAGUAAUGUGCUCCAGCCAUCCACGCAGGUCCAAGGCGUGCUGAUGCCCCGAUAUGACGCUGUUGAAGAGCUCUGCACCAACGAAGAGAUGUUUUUCGCAGUUCGCAAUGGUCUGAAGGGGUUUGGCGACGUGGAGAAACUUCUCAGCAAACUGAUCCUUCUCCCCACAGAAUCUUCUAUAGGGGCAAGCGAGCAAGCCAUCAACGAAGUCUUGAUGAUCAAAGCUUUUGUGUUGGCCGCCCCUGCCAUCUUCAAUCCCCUGGCCUCCGCACGCUCCGAGCUCCUCAUCAAGAUUCGAGACCACUGCCGCCCCGACAUCACCAAUCCCAUUCUUGAACGGAUAGCAGAAGUCAUCAACGACGACGUCACCUACGUCACCAAGCCCCUUGACCUCCGAAACCAGAGGGUCUACGCGGUUAAGGCAGGAGUGCAUGGCCUACUCGAUGUCGCACGCACCACCUACAAAGAAGCAACAGAAGAUCUACACAAGCAUGUGGAAGAACUCAACGCAGAGCUUGGACUGGCAGCGGACCUCAAGUACGACAACCGUCGUAGGUACUGGUUAAAAUUUCGCUGCUGUGAUUUCGAGGACGCCCGAAUCCCAGGCCCUCUCAUCAACUGCAUCCGCAAGAAAGAAUACCUGGAAUGCCAGACGCUGCAGAUGGUGAAGCUAAACCAGCGCAUAACCGACUCGGUGGACGAGGUCGUCAUGCAGAGUGACAAGGUCGUCAGGCACCUGUUGAACUCGAUCAGAGCUGACAUUCCCCAGCUUUUCAGGGUCUGCGAGAGCAUCGCUCUUCUGGACAUGCUCGCCUCAUUCGGUCAAACUGUGACCACGCGAGACUAUUGCCGGCCCCAAAUGAAGGACGCACUGGCCUUGAAGGCAGCUCGACAUCCCAUCUAUGACUCGACGCUGGACAAAUUCAUUCCCAAUGACUACUACGCAACAGAGCAGCAUGCCUUCCAAAUCAUCACGGGCUGCAACAUGAGCGGCAAGAGUACGUACAUCCGCACUGUUGCUAUGCUACAAGUCAUGGCCCAGAUAGGCUGCUUCGUCCCGGCGCAAUUCGCAUCCUUCACCGUCGUACACAACCUGUUCUCUCGAACAUCCACCGACGACAGCAUCGAGUCAAACAUGUCGACCUUCUCUGUCGAGAUGAGAGACAUGGCCUUCAUCCUGCGCAACAUCAACGACAAGAGCCUCACCAUCAUCGACGAGCUGGGCCGCGGCACCAGCACGCGCGACGGCCUCGCAAUCGCCAUCGCAAUGGCCGAGGCCCUGAUCCAGAGCAACGCCCUCGUCUUUUUCGCCACGCACUUCACGGAGCUGGCACACGUCCUGCAGGACCGGCCCAGCGUGCUCAACCUCCACCUCGAGACGGAAACAACGACCGCCGCCGACAACAUCCCGCAGAUGACGAUGCUGUACAAGAUCGGGUCCGGCGUCGUGCAGGAGGAGAGCUACGGGAUCAACCUGGCGAGGGCCGUCGGGUUCCCCGAGGCGUUCCUGCAGAGGGCCGAGCACGUCUCCGCGUUCCUGCGCCGGCAGGCCGAGGCCAAGAGGCAGAGCUCCGAGGCGCGCCGGCUCGCGCGCCGCAGGAGGCUGGUGCUCAACCUGCGCGAGACGCUGCAGCAGGCGCACGAGAGUGGCAUGGACGGGGGCACGCUGCGGGGGUACCUGAUGAGGCUGCAGGAUGAGUUCAUCGCGCGGAUGGAGGACAUCGAGGCGGGCCGUGAAACUCACCAUGGCGGUGAUGAGGGUGGUGAUGAUGAUGCUCCUCCUGCCGAUGAGAUGGAGUCCCAGGCGGAGUCGGCCUCGUCAGCUCUGCGGGAGGAGGAGGCUGAUGGUUCGGGUGGGACUUCGUCGAGUGCGAUUCUCAUUUCUGAUGAUGGCAGCUCUAGUUAUGAUGAUAUGGACAUGGAGUGAUGAGUGUUUUGUUUUGUUUUGCUUUUCUCGGAUAUUGCUGAUUUAGCG